UGGUGGCGAGCGAGCGAGCGGUUGGGGAGGGGCCGCCGAGGGCGGGCGACGGCGCCGUGACAGGCAGCGCGGAGGGGGCCUCCGGGGCGACAAUGGCAGAGGGGCCCGAGGAAGCCCGGAGCCGCCCUCCGGGGCAGGAUGGCGGUGGCGGGGACCACGAGCCGGUCCCUUCCGAGCCAGGCUCUCCCACCGCCACCGUCGCCGCCGCCGCCGCCGCCGCCGCCCCCGGGUCCCCUGCCCUCGCGAGCGUCGCCUCGGCCGUGUCGGAGCCCGAGCCGCAGUGCGAGCUCCGCAAGCGCCGGGAGACGGGCGCGGAGCCUCCGGAGGCCGGAGGCUGCGAGGCGUCCGACGGCCCGGGGCGGCUGAGUGCGCGCGAGUACUCGCGGCAGGUGCACGAAUGGCUGUGGCAGUCCUACUGCGGCUACCUGACCUGGCACAGCGGCCUGGCCUCUCUGCCCGCCUACUGCGGCCCGCCACCACCCGCCGCCACCGCCCCGCAGCCCGCCGUCCCCUUGCCGUCGUCCCAGCCGACGCCGUCGUCCCCGCCGCCGCCGCCGCCGCAGCUGGCGUACUACAACCCCUUCUACUUCCUGAGCGCUGCGGGGCCCGGGCCGGGGGCGGCCACGGGCGGCGCCACCCCGACGGCUGUCGCGGGCCUCACGGCCCGGGUCCCGCACGUGCAGCCAUUGGCCCGGGCGGCCCCCGGGACCAGGGUGGGUUCUGCAGCCCCUGCGCGGACGGCCAGCGACACCGGGCGGCAGGCAGGUAGAGAGUAUGUCAUUCCAUCCUUGGCCCACAGAUUUAUGGCAGAGAUGGUGGAUUUCUUUAUUCUCUUCUUUAUAAAAGCAACCAUUGUCUUGAGCAUCAUGCAUCUCAGUGGAAUAAAGGACAUCUCUAAGUUUGCCAUGCACUAUAUAAUAGAAGAGAUUGAUGAAGACACAUCAAUGGAAGACCUGCAGAAAAUGAUGAUUGUGGGAGCUACCCCAGGAAAGUUCCUGCUAGGGCUUCGAGUUGUGACAUGUGAUACAUCAGUACUCAUUGCUCCAAGUCGGGUUUUAGUGAUUCCUUCCUCAAAUGUCAGCAUCACAACGUCCACCAUACGAGCUUUGAUCAAGAAUUUUUCUAUUGCUUCUUUUUUCCCUGCUUUCAUCACACUGCUGUUUUUUCAGCAUAAUCGAACAGAUUUUCCCGAGAAACACUAA